AACGAGAGACUGGGAAUCCGGGGGCUCCAGAAUUGAGCGUUCAGUUUUGAAGAGAGACGCGCGUUGCGAGCAGCUCACCACAUUCAGUUUGUAAAACCGACGUCGUCCAGAAAGGAUCACAUAACAGCGAUGUCCGUGGAAGGAGACCAGCACGUCCAGACACCGGAAGGAGAGGAUGAGGAUGCGAUGGGAGCUGGUUCGACGAAGGAGACCCUUGGACUGACGCCAGCUGAAAAGAGGAUCCUGAAGAGCACCUGGAACAGCGUCAGGAAGGAUCUCGGAAAAAACGGCAUAGCCUUGUUCACAAUAUUCUUAAGGGAUUACCCGAACCACGCCGUCUAUUUUAAGCACUUUAAGGACACGACGCAGGAAGGAUUGAAGAUUGAUCCGAUCGUGAAGAUCCACGGCAUCCGGGUGCUUCGCGAAGUUUCGUUGAUCGUUGAUAACUUGGAAAACCCGGAGACGGUGCUGCUGAUGCUCAGGCAGAACGCGCAGAAGCAUAAGGUGCACAAGAUCAGCAGGAAGGCGUACGAAGAUUUAUCGUUGUCUUUCGUUAAGAUGGUCGAGAACCAUAUGGGUGAGGAAAAGGUGAGCGCGGAGGCGAGAGCCACAUGGACCAAGGCCCUGAAGAUCAUCUUCACAGUUAUCGUGGACUUGAGCCGAGAGGAAACUUAAACGCUAUGGCAACAAUCCCCUCGGCUAGAGCAUCUUUACAGCACCCUCGAUUUUAAGUUCAUAUAAACUUCUCUCUUACACACUAUUAUUAUAUUGUAUUUUUAUGAUUAUAUUUAACUCUCUGUGCAUAACAUAUCAUUAAUUUUUUU